GCACUGGCCUCCUAAGCCAGGGAUUGUGGGUUCGAGUCCCAUCUGGGGUGAAGCUUGUUUUUCUUGUCUUCGAUGUGUGUCGGUGUUUAUCGUGUCAUUCAGUGUGUUUUCUGCGCUGCAUGUGACUGAACACCGACACAAACAUGAUUAACAGCAGCGUUUGUGCGUUAAUUCUCGCUUGUUUUGCUGCAGCAGCGAGAAGCGACAAGCUGCUGAAGGCCACGGCGUACUGGGACUCGACCCACAAGGCCGUUCUGCUGAAGGAGGGUGUCCUGGACCUGCAGGGCGACGCGUAUGGUUACUAUAACGACACGCUGACGUCGACGGGAUGGGGCGUGCUGGAGAUCCGCGCCGGAUACGGACAGACGGCGGAGCCGGACGACGUCACCAUGUUCCUGGCGGGAUAUCUGGAGGGUUUCCUCACUGCGCCGCAGAUUUUUGAUCAUUACACCAACAUGUACCCGCAGCUGAUCGAGAAACCCAAAACGCUGGUGGCUGUGAAGCGCUUCAUGGCUAAGCAGGACGAGUGGUCUCGCAGUCAGGUGAAGCGUAACACCUCUGAUCCUCUGUGGAUUCACACGGGUCUGAUUCUGGCGCAGCUGGACGGACUGCAGGCCGGAGUGGCCGACUGGGCCAAACAACACGGGAGGACGCCUCUGUCCCAGUUUGCCAUUCAGUUCCUGAAUGCGGUCGGUGAUCUGCUGGAUCUGAUCCCGGCGCUGGUUCCUGACAGGAUGUCCAGCUCAAAGCAGUAUAAAGCUCCUCCGAUGGGCCACUGCUCUGCACUCAUAAAGAUGUUGCCUGGCUUUGAGAACCUGUUGUUCGCUCACUCCAGCUGGUACACAUACGCCGCCACCAUGCGCAUCUACAAACACUGGGACUUCAGACUGAGCGAGCCGCAUACGGCUACCGGAAAACUCUCCUUCAGCAGCUACCCUGGGUUUCUGGUGUCUCUGGAUGAUUUCUAUCUGCUGGGCAGCGGUCUAAUGAUGACUCAGACCACCAAUAACGUCUUCAACACCUCGCUGUACUCCUACAUCACUCCUGCCAGCCUGUUCUCCUGGCAGAGGGUUCGACUGGCACACGCACUGGCAAACACUGGAGAGCAGUGGGCCAAAACCUUCUCCAGAUACAACUCUGGGACGUAUAAUAACCAGUACAUGGUUGUGGACGUGAGUAAAGUGAAUCUGAGCAGCAGUCUGGAGGACGGAGCACUGACUGUGGUGGAGCAGAUCCCGGGGCUGGUGGAGUAUUCAGACCAGACGCAGACGCUGCGCAGAGGUUACUGGCCAUCCUACAAUGUGCCUUUCCACCGUAAGAUCUACGAUCUGAGUGGAUAUGAGGAGAUGUGGAAGGAGUAUGGCGACGAAUUCUCAUACGACCUUUGCCCUCGCGCCAAGAUCUUCCGCCGUGACCAGUCGUCCGUCAGCGACCUGAGCUCCCUCAAACACAUCAUGAGAUACAACGAUUAUAAGAGCGACCCGUACUCGCAGGGCGACCCGUGUAGGUCCAUCUGCUGUCGUAACGACCUGCAGGAGCAUCGAGCCAGUCCCGGAGGAUGUUACGACACCAAGGUGACAGAUCUGCACAUGGCUCAGGAGUUCGUGGCGGAGGCGGUGAACGGCCCAACCACAGACGGAGGGCUUCCCGUCUUCUCCUGGGAGGCAUUCAACAGCACGUCCCAUCAGGGUCUUCCUCCGAAAUACAACUUCAGCUUCGUCCUGAUGCAGCCGCAGCUCUUCCACCCCUGAGGAUCAUGGGAUUUCACAUCUGGCCUGCUUUUGAACUCUCUAUGCGACACCUAGCACCUAAAACCAAUCUGAACCCUUCAAUCUUUUCAUGAAGCAUAUAUUUUGAGCCAUAUAAUCAGCACCAAACUCUACAGCUGCCAUUUGACAAUCAGUCCAGGAAUGUUUACGUCUCUCUUGAUUGAUAGAUUAAAUAAAUCGUAAUACUUUAGUGCCCAUUUCCACCACACAAGAUAAAAAACAUGCCUGGUAAAUCAUAAUUGCCAUAAAUAAUAAAUGUCAUAACUUGAAAGUCAAAAUUCUAAGGUAAAAUGUCGAAAUUAUGAUGUACUAGGUCAAAAUUGACAACUAAGUCUCACACACACACACAUGUAUGAGGUAAAAAUGUUAAAUUAUGACACAAAGUUGAAAUUGACACUUAAUUAUGAGGUAAAAUUUGAAAUUAUGGCACACUAAGUUGAAAGCCAUAAUUAUGAGGUAAAACAUUAAAAUUAUGAAACACUGAGUCAAAAUUUACAUACUGUUAUAAUUACAUAAAAUGCUGAAAUUAUGACAUGUUGAAAUUAUAACAUACUAGGUCAAAAUGUUAAAAUAUAAGACAUAAUCAUGAGGUAAAAUAAUGAAAUUUUGAAACACAAAGUUGAUGCUAAACAUACUAAAUCGUAAUUAUAAGGUAAAGUCAAAAUUAUGCCAUACUAAGUUAAAAUUGAGGUGAAAAGUCUAUAGUACGUCAUAGUAAGUUAUAAUUUUGUGGUAAAAAGGCGAAAUGAUAACCAAGUCUAAAUUAUGACAUACUAGAUUGUAAUUUGCAUGGUAAGUCAUAACUGUUUGGUAAAAAGGCCAAAUGAUGAUAUACUAGGUUAAAAUUGGCAUACUAAGUCAAAUUAAGAGGUAAAAUUAUGAGUUAAAAAGUCAAAAGUGGCAUAAUAGGACUUUUUGUUAAUGUUGACUUUUCAUCUCAUCAGUAUGACUUGCGUUGACAUUUCACAUAAAUGUUUCUUGGUAUGUCAUAAUUUUGUCUUCAUCUCAUAAACAUGACUUAGAAUGCCACAAUUUUGACUUAUUUCAUGAUUCACCGUAGGAUGUCUUUAUGGAAACCCAUUUCUGCCACAUACAAUAAAUUACUGCAACACAGAUUAACAUCUUAAAAGGGAGGACGUUAACAUCAUUGUCGUUUUUUUAAAUCUAGUCAAAGAUCCUAAUGAACAACAAAAACAAAGUUUCUAAUGUAAAUGUAAACGACUGGAAUGUCUUGUUUGACGUGUCCUUUGCUGUGAUGUUUCUUAGCUGUAUUCUCGGAUCUCUUCUGAAUGAAUGAGGCAUUUAUAUAGCGCUUUAUUGUGUAUUGCUGUACACCCAAAGCGCUUUACAAUCAUGUGGGGGGGGUCUGUCCUUAACCACCACCAGAUCUCUUCUCUCAGGGAAAGUGACUCAGAAGUGCCUUUGUUAGUGUUCGAGUGUCUUCUAUACCUUUAGCUUUAAAUGUCAAUUUAAAGCUGUCAAUCAAAAUUUUUGUAAUCUGCCGCAUGUGAUGGUGAUUUAUUUAUUUUUUAAAAUUUGAUUCGACCAAUGAAUGAUUGAACACAA